CAGGUCCGCUGCCCAUCAUGCAGUUUGACGGUCAAGUGCAAACAACUCUGGUAACGUGCCAAAAAUGGUUCCAAACUAAGGCUAAGUGAAUUUCCGCCUCCCUUAUUUCUAAUGGUCAAUGUCGCUGCGUCCUGAGCCCCUGACCCUCCUCAGCCCCCGUCCAGCUGUAGCAGCAGCUUUGAGUUUCCCAAGCUCCUCAGUGCCCCGUCUCCCCUCACCCUCCCACCCAGAGCUCCACUCCCCUCGACUGGGCUGCCUGCUCUUCUUGGCAGCCAAACAGCCAGGGGAGGAUCAGGACGACCGGGCGGCUGAGAUAAGGAGUAUAUGAAGUUCCUCACAUUACCUCACCCGAUAAGGAAACAAGCAGAGAGAGAGAGAGUGAGGGAAGAUGUGGCGAGAGAGACAGAGAGGGAGAGAAAGAGAAGGUCAGACUAGGAGGACUUCUCCAGUCGGACACUGAUGCUCAGACAAGCAACAAGUGACCGUGAUGUUUCCACCAGCAUCAGACGUCUGGUCAACUUUGCUUGGUUAACAACAAUUUCAUCCGAGUAAGUAAAAAAAUGACAGGACAAACGAAGACUUCAAAUUAAAACUUUUAAAGGUUUUUUAAGUUUUUAAAAAAAAGGACAGGUUUCCUGCACCCCCCCAUCCCACCCCCUGCCUGGGCAGCAUCCAUGGCUGUCAACCCCCUGGAAGGUCUCCGUAAGGUGGCAGCGAAGCAUCAGCUGGACUUCAGCUUCGUGGAGGAGCCGCAGCUCCAGCAGGCGUCUGCCGCCAGCAGCCCAGCAUCUGUGCACAGACAGAGGCAGAGCCCACGCUGCAGUUGGCCGCAGCCCGGGAGGAUGCAGGUACAGUCAAAAUGUGGGUCCAGGACAGACUCAGGCUCUAGCUGUUGUCCUGCGAUCCAUUCCCGAAUGCUCAAAGGCCACUCACCACAAAACGCAGCACGAGAGAGGAACCGUGUACGCAGCUUACGGGAGGCCUUUUACAACCUACAGGAUGGGUUCCCCUCAGUGCCACCUGACACCAAGUUGUCUAAACUGGACGUUCUGGUUCUCGCCACUAACUAUAUAGCCUACCUGACAAAGACUCUGGACGAUGGAGGGAUUCUGACUGAGAACAGUCUGCCACCCAGGUCUGGUGGAUACUUGCAUCCAGUAAAGAAAUGGCCCAUGCGUUCCCUACUGUACUGUGGCAGCAUUGGAGAGCUGCUGUCAGAACUCCCAGCCAAACAGGCGUCCCCACCUGGACAUGAAGAAACACUGAACCCUGCCUCGGAAGACACAGAUUCAUAAUCAACACGUGGUUUCACUGAGGAUUUAUCUGGGAACAGUAUAGAGUGAUAGAUGCAGAUAUGUACUUAUCAGCAUUGUACAAAAGUACUCUUUUGCCCCUCCUGGGUAUCAGCUACCUUCACCAUUUCCAAUUUCCCUUUUUAAUAAGCUCAACAAAAUAUUUCUCCUUCCUUCUCAACGUCCUCUGUUUAGUCACUCGCACUUUGCCCUCUUAAUACUUUAUCAACCUAACCUGCUCUACACCUUUUCAGCUCUUGCUCCUCCACGUCCUUUUGUCACUUCUCCCUUUGCCGAACCCCUAGCUUGGCAGCACAAUUUUCUUACUUUUUUCCCCCCACUUUUCCUUAGCUACCUUCUCCCUUUAAAACUAAAUUUGUGAAACGUCCUCUGCUUCACUUUGUAUUGUUAAUUUAAACUCAGUAUAACACUGACUAAACAAAAACACCUUCCAUUUUUUUCGGGUUUUUCAAAGAAGGAAUUGUAAUUAUAAUUCUGAUCUUAAAACUGUAAAGUGCGCUGAGAUGAAAUGUGUUUGUGAAUUUGGGCAAAUAAAAUGA